AACGAUGUGUAAAGUGUGAAUGAAGCAAAAAGGAAAAUUCGAUUUAGAAUAAGAACAUUGCUCUAACGAGAAAAAUUAACUGUUUAACUUUUUCACUUUUGGUGAUUUUUUUUCCCUCUGCUUUAGAAUGAAUUAUUUCUUCAACAUGUUUUAUGUAUGGGUAUAACUGUUGGGAAGAUAAUUUAUAAUUAGCGACGUAGAUAUUGUUCAUGAGUAUUGAAUAAAUUACAUUUUGUUUCAUUUUAUAUAUAUUUAAACAGCAAAGUUAUGGAAAACCAACUGUUAAUACCAGGCGACACAACGCUAGUUGAAAGAAUCGUCAAUUAUGUGAAAGCAAAAGGAAUAUUUGACGAAUUUCGCCAUGAGUGUUUAGCUGAUGUUGACACAAAGCCUUCUUGUCAAAAUCUUAGUCAGAGAGUGGAUGGAUUUACAUCAAAAUUUAUGGCUACUCACAAAUGGCAUUCUGACAUGAAUAAGAAUGAGCUGCGAAAUAAACUGAGACGUCAUAUUGAUGAAUCUGGAAUGGUCACAAUUGGUGCUGAUCAUGUGGUUGAACAAGUCAUUAAUUCUAAAAUUGGACAAUUGUUUUUUCCAAGAAUAAGAGAGAUAGUUCCCCAGUAUUUAAGUGAGGAAAAAGAAAAAUUAAACAAGAAGCUAUUUGAAGCAAAUGAAGAAGUGGCUGAGAAAGUGACAGCAGAGGAUUCAACUAAAGGAUCAAAAUCAGUCAUACUUGAUCCGAUUGCUGACAUUCUAGCUUUCAGCAGCUCAAAGACAAAGCCUAUCAGCCAAAAUGUUAAGACAGAGAGUCCUGUGGUAAAAAAUCCUGAUGCUUCUAAAGUUGAAAAGAAAAGAGAUGAAAAAUAUCCUACGCAGUUGUCAAAGUCUGAGCUGCUUGAGAAAAAGAAGGAUGAUAAAACGCCCCAGUCUAUAAAAGUAGAACCGUCUGAGAAAAAGAAGGAAGAAAAGAUUUUUCUGAAAGUGGACUCUUCAGAGAAGAAGAAAGAUGAAAUCUUGAGUAGUUUGCAGCAAAUAAAAUUAGAAACUGUAGAAAAAGAAGAAAAAUCUAUUCAACUACCAAUAAAGGACGAACCUUCAGACAUAAAGAAAGAAGAAAAAAUUGAACUAGAUGUGAGUGAAAAUCCAGUGUCAGUUCCUCUUGAAAAAAAAGAAAGCGAUGAUAGUUCAGCAGAUAAGAUGAGUGUUAGCAAACAAAUCAAAGUUGAAGAGCUUGAAAAGGAAGAUUCAGACAAUUCCAAAGUUACUGAAUCCUCUACUAGCACUGAUGAAACUGUAAAUAAAUCUUCCAGUACUGCUGCUUCUAUAAAACCUAGUGUUAUCAGUAAAAAAGCUGAUAAGUCUGAUAGUAGUAAAAGCAAACAAAAAUUUAAAAUAUCUCUAAAAAAGUCAUCAAGUUCAGCAAGUGAAAUUCAAAAAUUUAAAGUAGCUCACAAAGAUGCUAGACCUUCAGAGAAGCAUAUAAAACAUUCAAAAAAAUUAAUUAAAACAUCUGAAGGGUUACUGUCAGCCAUAAAAGGAGACAGCUCUUUGAAAUCUGCCAAGGAAGAGGAAAUAGACCCCAAAAAGAAGUCCAAUGAUCCUCUUUCCAGCAAAAGUGUUAGUAACUCAGUGAAAAAAUUUACUUUAAAAUCUUCCAGCACGAAUAAAAAUGUCAGCAAUAAGCACAAAACUACAGCAGAAAAAAGUGAAAAGCAGAAAGCUUCCAAAACUGAUCAACAUGAUGCUUCUACUCCAGGAAAAAGCAGUCAGUAUUCAUCAUCCUAUGAUUCAUCUCAAGGUAGUGAUCAGGAAAGGUCUUUUACUAUGCAGAAAAAAGAGAGGCAAAAGCAUUUUAGUAAAUCUGUUAAAAAAGAAAGCAGUGAUAAAAAGACUGAUCCUUCUACUAGUGGUGUAUCCACAGAGAAGCAGUCGAAGGAUACCAAUGACGCAAAAGAUUUCAAAAAGGGUAAACUUGAAAAACUCUCAAAAGUUGGCCUCCUCGGGAUGUCUAAAACAACUCAAGAAGUUGGUAAAGCGUUUUCUCGUUCCAACAGUUUUGGAUCAACGUCAUCAAUCAGUAGUUUGUCAAGUGCCUCCAAAGAUGUCAGCACCUCUGAAGAAUCAGCUGAAAGUCCUGUUAAAAAGUCUAAAAAGAAAGGGAAAGAAAACUCUGAAAAUAAAUGCCAUAGCAAUGACAAGAAGUUCCAGCCUCCCCCUCCACCACCACCUCCUGCCCCUUCACUGGAAGGAGGUGGAUUCCCUUCCGAUAGUUUCCCUUCUACGGAUGAAAUGCAGUCCUCGCAAUCUUCCCAGGAGAGUAAAGAUUCAGACAGUGAAAGCCUCUCCGAUUCUAGUAGCAAUUAUGAAAUUGAAGAAAGCACCCUCAGCAAUCAGAACUUGGUUUGCAGCAAACUGAAUGACUCUCCAUCCACAUCUUCCACUUUUAUGAAUGAUAUCAAUGACAUAUUUUUGUAUUCUUCGUCUUCUUCAGAGUUUGAAGGUUUCUGCUCUUCACCUGAAAAGAAGAAACUUGAUGCAGGAGAUGCUGAGGAUUCGGAGAGUGUCAGUUCGGUACACACUAGCGAUUUAUCAUCGUAUGAUAAUGAGCUCAGUGUUGAUGACAUCUCAUCUGAUGAAAGUAUUCUUGAUGAAAUUGAAGGGAAAAAAGUGACUCUAGAAAAAGCACAAGAAAUAAUUGAAAGAAAAGAGAAAGAGCAAAUUGCUGCUGCAGAAAAGGAAAAGCAUGAAGUGGAAGAAGAAUAUAAACCUCCUAGUAACAAACGGAAAAGCUUGCAUCUUUCUUCGGAGGAAGAAGUAUCUUCACAGGAGCCUAAAAGAACAUUAAGAAGAGAGAGGAAAUUAAAUCCUAAAUAUGCAUCCAGUGAAUAUACAUCAAUAUUCACUUCUAAAAUAAAAUCUUUUAUUACAAAACAAGAUACAGAGAAAGAAGUUAAAUCACCCAAAGAGCCCAUUUUAAACAACGUAUUUAGUAAGCCAAACCAAGAAGAUAUUUCGUCAAAAGCAAAAAUGGUCGAAAAGUCUUCUCUUGAUUUAGUGAACAUAUCUCCAAAGAAAAGUGCAGUUGAAUCCAGUGAGCAGUGUAGAGCAUUGCGGACAAAAAACUGUGCAUCAACCAGCAUCAAGGAUGUGACUACAGAAAAAAAAUCUUGUAAACUGAAAAGAAAGCUCGAUUUGGACGGUGCAUCCGACAGUCCUGCUACCAAACGUCCCUGUAGUAGAAGUUCUAUAGACUCGACUGGUUCAGAAUUUGCUGCAAAUGAAAACAAACCGUUUAACAAAGAAAAAAAGAACCCUAAUGUUGUACCAUCUGACAAAUUGAACAAUGCUCAAAAAGACUUAAAAGAAACUGCAGUCUCAGCUGAGAACUUUAAAAAAGAUGUGCCUUACAAGCAUAAAAUGAAUAACAAUGGUGAUGUUUUAAACAAAAUAGAGCCAUUAAAGAAGAACUCUCAGUCAAAAAUUCUCAGUAGUAGUGAAAAGAAAGCAAGUGAUGCAGAAUCCAACCUUGAAGUUACUACCUCAUGAUCUCAGUGGAAGAUGCUAUGUAAAUAUAAAGUUAUUUUUGCAACUACUGUUUAGAAAGCAAAAUAAUUGUAGUUUUUGUACAAUGAUGUUUUGAUGACAAAUCUCUGAACUUUAAAGAGAAGCAAGAACCAGAAGCUUAACUGUUUAAUAAAAUUGUUACU